AUGUUGGUGUUUUCGACACCCUUGUUGGUUUGUUUAGCCUGUUUAUUACACACUUUCGUGCGUAAUCGAUUACCUUAUCACACAUCAUUCAAUUCUUCCCCGCGUCGUGCUGGCAAACAUGGCAAGGCCAUUACGUUCCUCACUCCGGAUGACAGUGCUGUCUUCUACGACUUGAAGCAAUGCCUGCUUGAAUCACCUGUGUCUACUUGUCCCAUAGAGUUAGCGAAUCACCCCGAAGCCCAGCAAAAGCCCGGCACGUUCACAGCAAAAAAACGCCAGGAUGAAACGCUUUUCAAGUGA